CUUGGCAGCUGGUGAGAGGCAAACAAGGAAGGCUGGGGACAGAAGUUUCCAGACAGUUGUUUUUGCAGACAAUAACCUUCCAGAUACUCAUCUGCAGCAGCGACAACACACUCCAUCUGCAUCUCUUCCAAAUAAGCUCUGCCCACAGAAGCAGCUGAUCCUGUUGAACACUGCAGAGGACAACCAUGCCUGAUCUCUUUGCACCCACCGAAAUUGGCAGCUCACCCCCUUCCCCGGUGGACAGCAGCCCCAGGAGGAUGUCCUGGGGCAAGCUGGUCCAGAGACUGACCGAUUUCAACACAUCUGCCAACAGCAGCAGCAUUGAGUCGGUGUCCAACGACGGCAGCAGGAGUGAUCUCUCAGAAUCAGGGUCAGACCUCUCCAGUGACCUGUAUCCCUUUAAUGACGACCUGUUCUACGAUCCGAUGGAGGAAACGAUCCUGAAAGAAGUGGUGAACCUCAUAGCGCGGAGCUUAAGAGAAGCCAAAGACUCGGACUGCGCCUUGAGAUGUACCAAACUGCUCAUUCCUGAGAAACUUCUCGAGCACAUCGGGCAGGAGCUCCUUCACCUGGCAGCUAGUGAGCCCUGCGGUCUGAGGGGGGCUCUCAUCGACCUCUGUGUGGAGCAAGGGGCCGUCUGUGAGAGCAUGGGACAGCUAUCUGUGGACCCCUACCUCGUGCCCACCUUUCAGCUCACUCUGGUGCUGAGGCUCGAGUCGGGCGGCCUGUGGCCCAAAAUCCAAGGACUUUUCAGCAAGUCUCCUUCCACUCCAGUAGUGAGACAAGCUAUCAAACUGAGCACUGGUUUCCGCGUGAUCAAGAAGAAGCUGUAUUCUUCUGAAGAGCUGCUUAUCGAAGAAUGUUGAGACGUGCGAGGGGACUGUUGUGUUUUAGUCCGUGAAGCGACAGUAAAAGCUCACAGGAGGGCCUUACUAGUAUAACUACAUGUAUACGAUGCCUUCUGAGGCGUGAGGAUGGACUUUGUCAUGAUGUAGCCUGUUGUUCCUCAUGUACAGGAGCUGAAGUUUAUGGUACCAGGAGCAGGUGCUGCUUUCACACUUGCUCGCUGAGAUUCAGAUUUUCAACAUUACAAAGUGUAAUCAUCAUGCUAUAUAUGGCAAAUAGGUAUUUUGCAAAUAUUAAAGUGCGUACCUCAGUUUCUAUUGAAACCAUAAAACGGCAGCUAGCUAUCUUGUUAUAGUCAUUGAAGACCAUUGUGUUCUUUCUUUUCCUUUUUCUAUACAUGACCAUUAAACGAAUCGGACACAAACUGAUGAACUGUACGCCCAGAGAAGCGCUGAGGACCUUUGUGAGCGCUUCAGUUCAAACGUGAAGGCCUACCAGUACCUUGCGUUGUGCAGCAUAUGUGCAAGCAAAGACUUCAAAUGUGGUUUGAUUCUGUAUCUGUGUAGACCAGUCCCGCUUUCAACUUUAUUUGAUAUUCAAAUACUCAUAACAUUGCACUGUUUUUGUACUUUCAUGAUCGCAAAUAAAUUAUUAUUUUUUAACAAUCUA